GGUAUGCUAAUCUGAAUAAUAGAUAGAGAUGACAUAAAGAAACUGAACCAGAUCUUGUUGCCUCCAAUUCAAACUCGCCCCUUACGCUCACAGCCCCGAGUCCGACAUGUUCCAAUCAUUCACUGGCAACUCUCGCCGGCCGCGACAAGUAAAUCUCUCGAGCCGCUCCUCGGUAAAUCCGUUCGCAGCCCAUUCUCCUUCAAAGCGCCAUCCUCCUUCCGCUCAUGGAUCCCAAGCCACCCUUGCGAUCGCGCAACAGGAACGCCUUCGAAGGCAGCUGGAUAGGGAGCGGCUGAACUCUAGUCGAACUAUCCAGCGCACAUGGAGGGGAUAUAUAGCCCGAAAAACCACGCGUGCUUCUUGGAGAAUUGAGUGGGACACAUAUGAACAGGAGAGAAACCCGGGCUACCGGCUGCCUGAUUGUGCUGCGGGGAGAUUGACGAGCGGGCCUCCAACACAAUACCCGACAGCUUCCGACUGUGUCAGGCAGCUUAAGAUUCUCCUGGCCUUUAUUGAUGCUAGUGAUCAGGAUGAUGCUGUACGGCUGGACUAUUUUUCUCGGGCUUUCCAGAGAACUGUGGAGGAGAUGCCCUCGCUUCUUGUCGAAGGAGAAUGGGCGGUUCUACUCUCCCGGCUUGCAACGACCACACUUCGUGUCAUAUCCACAUCACGACUUGGUUCUCCUGCGUUUAUCAUAGAUGAUAAGCUCCGUCUGCUCAUGUUCCUUACGAAGCUCGUACCCAGGCCCAUGGCGAACAAGGCUCGGGAGUACUAUCAGGUUAUGGCAACUUUAACUACAAGUCCUUGGGCAAGGUCCGGAGAUACCAAUAUGACACGGGGGCUAAUCACUCAAGCUGUUCUCGCGAUUUUACAGCCUAUAACUUCAGACACACUUGAGGCGUACGAAUGGUUUGCCCGGACUUAUCUAACAAUCCCUUCCCUGGAGGAUCACCUGGGUUCCUUAAACGAGCUUGCCGUCGGGGUAAAUUACAAGCUCCUGGCGUCCGUUUUGGACUCUCAUAUACUCCAAUCUCAACAAUUUCUCAGCUCAAACGACACGGUUGGUCGAAUCUGGCUCCUUGCAUACUUUAUCUUCUUCCACAGGCACGCGUUAGGAUCCACAUUUUCCGAGCAAGCCCCGGAGAGUUUAUUUGUGAAGGCUGUGUCGUCCCUAUUAAGUUCUGUUGCCACAGACAUUUCGCAGAGGAUAGAUGUUGAAGAGGAAGACGUAUCCAAAGGAUACAACCCACUUCCACCUUUUGUUCGGUAUGAGCUCCUCAGUCUAGUCAAUCAGAACAAUAUCACCCAACUACUGUCCCGUGCUGGUGUUGAUGGGUUGCCCGGAAUGGAUGAUCAAGCCGAAGACGAAGCAAAGAGUCUUGCCACAUAUGCGUUGACCCUUCUCAGGAUUUUCCCUCGCAGAGGUGAUGAGAUUCGGAUGUGGUUAUACCUAGGUUCCGCGUCCACCACCGAACGGGGAGGUUUGAUAUCUUCUCGAAUGCCUGCUAUCAAGUAUUUCUGGAAUGCAACGAAAUCAACAAAGGUUUAUCGCACCGUGGUUGAGAGACCUGGCGAAAUUCUGGAGAUGUUGAAGACAUCCUCCACGAAAGGACGAGGUAUAGCUGACCAACCCAGUACAAGUUGGCCGGGAAGUGAACAGGAAUGGACUAUUAUUCUUCUCUUCCUCGAACUCUAUACGUUUCUCCUAAAGGUCCUAGAUGAUGAAGAAUUCUUCUCCGGCGGAUCACUCGAUGGCUUUGUCUCCAACCGAAAUACAUCAUGGACGAAGGAGAGCACUCUACCGCUUGCAGAAGUGAAAUAUUUAACGAUCUUCUUGAAAAAUCUAGCCUUUACUUUAUACUGGAGUGCCGCGGAUCUGGCAUCUGACGAAGUUGAAACGGAGCGCGUUGGGAUACGCGAUUAUUUCAAUGCCUCUGCGGUCAUGUUAACACGAAAGAGUUCAAACGUGAAGCCGAAGAGCAAAGAGCUUGGGGGUGUAACUGGAAUACCCCUUGAGUACUUUAAAGGACUAGUGACUGGGCUUUUAAGGAUGGUCCAUGAGAGAGAUUCUCGUCGAAAGUUUUUGCCGGAUGGCCAUUGGCUGAUGACCGAUCGAUUUGAUAUGGAAGGGUUUAUUCCCACCGUUGUAGCCGAAGAGGAGAAUAGACAUCAACUGCAAGACGACGAAGAAUCCGACCUAGAAAAUGAAGCUCUAGAAGACGAUGAUCUCGGACAUUUCCUUGGACUGGUAGGUACCGGUCGAGCACAGCAGAUUCGUCGGACCGAGCUCCUCAGGAAAAGACAGCAGCAAGCUGCGCGUAAAAAGGAACUGGAAGCAGUCGCUCCGCGAUUGGAGAUUUUACGCAAUAUGCCAUUUUUCAUUCCAUUCACUACUCGAGUACAGAUUUUUAGGGAGUUCAUUUACAGAGAUCAAAUACGGAGACGGAAGGGGUACGUUGAUCCUGACGCAUGGCGCUUGUCUGUGGCUCAGAACUCGAUGUCUCUUAACUUAGAUGGGCGCCUGAUGGCACAGGACAUCCUUGCCAAACAUCAUGCAAAUAUACGGCGAGAGAACCUUUUUGAAGAUGCCUUUGAACAGUUUUAUCCUCUGGGAGAGGGCCUAAAGGAACCUAUCCAAAUUACGUUCAUUGAUAAGUUUGAUACGGUCGAGGCAGGCAUUGACGGUGGAGGAGUGACAAAAGAAUUUUUAACGAGCAUCAUUAACGACGCGUUUGACCCUUCCGGGGUGUUGAGCCUCUUCUCAGAGAAUGACCAGCAUUUGCUAUAUCCUAAUCCGACGGCGGUGGAACAGCGCAAGGCCCUCCUUCGACAAGCUGGAGUCCCCGAGAGGAGCGCAGAGUGGAACCAGCAGAUCAGAGAAUUGUUAAAACGUUACGAGUUUCUCGGUCGGGUUAUUGGAAAAUGCCUUUAUGAAGGCAUUUUGGUUGAUGUUAAUUUUGCAGGAUUCUUUCUCUUAAAAUGGGCCCUGACUGGUGGUUCGAGUUUGGCUUCAAAGGAGUCAGCUUACCGUGCCAAUCUUAAUGAUAUUCGGGACUUGGAUGAGAGCCUAUAUCAGGGUUUGUUACAACUCAAGAACUAUCCUGGCAACGUGGAAGAUUUUUCUCUCAACUUUACCGUGACAGAUACAGUUACGGUUCCUGGCACAGGGCCCGAUGAUCCAGAGAAGGCGCAAACUAUCACGAGGGAACUCAAGCCAAAUGGGUCCAACAUCGCCGUGACAAACCAGAAUCGACUGGUGUACAUCUCGUAUAUUGCACGCCACAGACUUCAAGCUCAGCCUUACCUGCAAACAAAUGCGUUCCUGCAAGGUGUUGGACAGAUAAUUCAGCCCUCUUGGCUCUCCAUGUUCAACCAAGGGGAACUUCAGAGACUCGUCGGCGGCGAUUCGGGAGAGAUCGACGUUGCAGACCUACGGCGCAAUACAGUGUACAGCGGCGUGUACACGCUUGGUGAUGACAUGGAGGAGCACAUGACGGUGAAAUUGUUCUGGCAGGUGAUGGAAUCAAUGCCCAACACUGACCGACAGAAAGUGUUGAAAUUCGUCACCUCAACGCCUCGAGCCCCGCUUCUGGGAUUCAGCCAUUUAAAUCCGCGAUUCAGCAUCCGAGAUUCAAGUUCUGACGAAGAGCGGCUGCCUAGCACCAGCACCUGUGCAAAUCUCUUGAAGUUGCCGCGCUAUACAAGCGCAAGGACUCUUCACGAGAAACUGAUGUACGCGAUCAACUCCGGGGCGGGAUUCGAUCUCAGUUAGAGAAAGCAGAAAGAGAGUGACCUUGUGUGGGCGUGAUUGCGGGUUACCCAGUUCUUUAUCUGCCGUCGUUCUAGACCAGUUUGCCCUGGCAGAUAAAAGUGGAAAGCCAUGGGUUUAGGUCCAUUCAUUGGGGGGGGAGCAUGGUGGAAUGCGUUUGACCCGGUGUUAUUGUAUUGUUACUGCCUUCGGAAUGUACAGUGACAGCCUGUAGAGAAUGAGUACCUGCAACAGGGCAUCAUCAGAGGUCAUUAAAUUUG